GGUGGUGAUUCAGUGGUUCACAGCCUCUGAAGACAGUCGUGGGAGAAGUGAUCAGAAGAAGAAGAAGAAGAAGAAGAAGAAGAAGAAGAGGAUGGAAACAGGGCAUCAUCAUCAUCAAUGGUGGAAGAUGACGAGGUUCUCUUUCAGGACCGCCACUAUCGUCGUCUGUUUCUUCAAUCUGGUCACUGCCCUUCUCUUGGUCCAGGCCUUCCUCUCCGCUGCAUCCAUCCGCAAAUCGCCCGCCCGCCAUUCCCAGUCAGUUCAUCUCAGAUAUAUUAGGGAAUCCGAGGAGUUACGUCAAGCCAUGGAACCCUUGGAACUGAUAAAAAGAGUGAGAGAAAUUCAGCAAGAAACAUAUGUAGAAGCAGACCCUGUCCAGCAGAAAGACACAAAACAGACUGCUGCUGCUGACCUAAUAACAAGGUUGAGCAAUAUUCGCUCCUAUUCAGAUAGUGGCAGCCUUAAAGCUCUUGAAGAAUGGCGUAAAAGGAAGAUGGAACGUGCCAGACAGCGCCAACUUGGGAAGAAUGGAACAGCUGCCUCACAAGCUUGAAAUUCAUGGUUAAUACUCCAACCUCAAACAUCACCUGUAUUGAUCACUAUUUGUUUAAGUUAUGGACUUAAUACAGUUGUACAUUUUGCAACUUCAGUUUGUAAUGAACCAUUAUUAUGCCUAAUCCCUCGGAGAAAUCUGCAGUAUACUGGUCCUAUGAAGAUUGAAGACAAUGUUUAUUGAACUUUUGAGUGUAUAAUAUUAUAUGUUUCAUGAUUUUCACACCAGAGAUGAACUGGGGGCUUGAUGUUGUA